AAGGACGAUGCUGCCCAUGUCGAACGGGUGCUCUCGCCCAGCGACAAGCUGGACAAGCCAGACUUGGCCGACUCAACACGGGUCGACCAGGAAGUGCAGGAAUAUGCCACGCGAGGGCGAGUCGAGGUCGACGAUGCCACCAGUCGACGGCUGCGACGCAUGAUUGACCGUCGUGUGCUGGUCAUCAUGAUAUUUACGUAUUUCCUGCAGGCACUCGACAAGGGCACCCUGUCUUUCUCCUCCAUCAUGGGAUUGCCUGAAGAUACGGGCUUGGUGGGACAGCAGUACUCGUGGCUCACAACUUGCAUCUACAUCGCCGUCCUCGUCGUCGAAUAUCCAACCAACUGGAUCAUCCAACGCGUUCCCAUCGCCAAAUAUCUCGGUGUCAACAUCAUUCUCUGGGGCGCUGUUCUGGCCCUGCACUCUGUCUGCAAGAACUUUGCCAGUCUCAUCGUCGUCCGCAUCCUGUUGGGUAUCUUCGAGGCGUGUUGCCAACCUUCUUUUGUGUUGAUGUCGGGCAUGUGGUAUAAACGAGAGGAACAGGCGGCCACGGUGACCUACUGGUACAUGAUGAACGGUGGCCAGCAGAUCGUCGGUGGGUUGCUCGCCUACUGCUUCAGUCUCAUCCAGGGCCGUGCCAUCUACUCGUGGCAGGCUCUCUUCAUCGCAUACGGCUGUCUGUCGGUGCUUUGGGGUCUUUUCGUCAUCUUCUGGAUGCCCGAUUCUCCCAUGCGUGCCAAAUGCUUCAACGAAGAGGACAAGCAUCUGAUGGUCGAACGAGUGCGUGCCAACCAGACCGGCUUGCAGAACAAGACCUUCCGCGCAUACCAGAUGUGGGAAGCCUUUCGUGAUCCUCAGAUGUGGUGUUAUUGUGCCGUCCAGGUGUUUACGACGCUGCCCACCAGUGGACUGGGUGCUUUUGCCAAUAUCAUCAUCACCGGAUUCGACUUUACCGUCCUGCAGACCCAGCUGUUGGCCAUGGUGCUGGGCUUCUACAUCAUCAUCGUCCUGCUGACCUCGGCCUGGCUGGUCAAGAGGACCGGACAGAAUAUCCUCGUCAUGUUGGGCUUCAUCAUUCCAUCUUUUAUCGGAACCAUUGUCCUCAUGACGGUUGAGAAUCACAGCCUGUCCACCAAAGCCGGCCUACUCGUCAGUUACUAUAUCACACUCUCCUUCUGGUCUGCGCAGAAUCUCGCGCUGUCCAUGGUCUCGCGGAAUAUCGCCGGUGCCACGAAAAAGUCGACAGUCGUCGCAGCCACUUUUAUCUCCUGGGCCGUAGGAAAUGCCAUUGGUCCUCAAGUCUUUCUCUCGUGGGACGCCCCUCGCUACCUCAUCGCCUUUGGUGUCCACCUGGGCUGCUACGCUGUCAUGACCUGCUGCGUCAUCUUCUUGCGCUUCUAUCUCAAGCGUCAGAAUGACAAGAAGGAUGAAAUUCUCCGGGCCAGAGGCCUGGACACUGCCGAUCCCAACCUCGAUCACGCCUUUGACGAUAUCACUGACCAGGAGAACUUGAAUUUCCGCUAUAUCUACUAA